UCAGAUUGUGCAACAGACACAGACCUGCUGCACUCCUGCAGAGUCACUCGGGCGCUCAGAACCCAGCAGAGAUGGUAAAACUGAUGGAAGAUGAGGUGAUGGUGGCCUUCGCCACCUACGCCACCAUCGUCAUUGUGAAGAUGAUGCUGAUGGCGCCAUUGACCGCGUACUACCGUAUCAGACGAGGGGCGUUUUCCAACGAAGAAGAUGUGGGCACAAAGUCUGCAGAGGAGAAAAAGAAGCUGCUAAGAACGGACCCGGACGUGGAGCGUGUUCGAAGAUGCCAUCAGAAUGAUCUGGAGAACAUCGUUCCGUUCUUGGUGUUGGGCCUGCUCUAUGCCCUGACCGGACCUGAUCUCUGGACCGCUUUGCUGCACUAUCGCCUCUUCACCGGGUCUCGAAUCUUCCACACCAUUUCCUACGUUGCCGCUCUGCCCCAACCCUGCAGGGGUCUGUCCUGGCUCGUGGGCUUGGUGACCACCUUCUCCAUGGCCUACAAGGUGCUCAGCACAGUCCUGCUCCAGUAGGUGUUGAACCAUCACCAGCACUCGUCUACUUCACUCAAGCAAAUGUUGCUCUGCAGCGCCACGUAAAUUCUUAGAUUAGCCUUAAAUCAUGCUGCGGUGAUCGAAUGGGGCUCGGUUUGUGAUUCUUAUUAUUACAGGUGUAUUUUGGGGGCCUGCGCGGUAAAAUGAACAGACAGAUGGAGGUAAACGUUCUGAGCUGGUGUGCAGUUGCAGUAACCCUCCCACAUAUUGCACAAUCUGUGACUAACUUCCACAAACCUCAAACACCCACAAGAAAAACCUGUUUUAUCUCUCAGGAACUGUGCAGAUCAAAGUCGGUGGUGAUUCUGAACUGUGUGAAAAACAGUAAACCUGAGUGUCUAAGUAUCUCCACAUUUAGAAGUAACUUCAUUAAUGACAAUAGAGAUCAGAAUCCUGCACUGGAACCUGAAACAAACCAUUCACACGUGAAGGCAGCAACAACAGCAGGCCAGAUAUGUGCAAAAUAUGACAUUUUUAUGGUAAAAGCACCAAAAAGAGUACAAGUUUCACCUGUCAAAAAAUGACAACUGAAGAGUUUCUAAACACAAUAAACUUUUUUUUUCUGUA